GGAGACAGUUGGAGCAGCGAGGACUCGGUCCGGAUGGAGCCGACAGCGGGGGUCGGACUUUGACCCGGUUCUGUUGAAGGCUUUCGCUCCUUUCUGAUCGGCUUGUUCAUGUUUUCCUACUUUCCCGCGCUUUUAAACUCUUUACGGUCCGAUUCUGGUUUCCUUGGCAACGCGUUUAACUCUCCGUGCGAAGUUUGGAUCAAGUGUUUGGCCGCCAGUCGCGACGCAAACGCUUUAAACCGGCGGUUAAAGUAACGGAACCGAGUCCAGAACCGGCGAGAACCUCUGUGGGGGAGGUUCCGACCCGAUCCCGCGGGUUUUCCCUGCACGUUUCACGCUCACCGUGGGAGCGCAGAGACAAUAGUGAGCCGCUGCGCGUGCACAGGAGGAGGAGCUGAUGCCUCGCGGCGGCGGCGGCGGCGGCAGCUUUGAUCUGGAGCGGGCGGCGCGUUGAUGAGCCAGGAUGGACGUGACGCUGUCCGAGCUGCUGGCCUCCUUCAUGGAGUCCCCGCUGGUGCUGUGGGUGCGCACCUUGGGCCCACUGGGAUCAGGUGACGACGUGGGCUCCGAGGAGCGGGUCAGCAUGUACAUGGAGCUGGUGGACGGCGUCUUCCUGCACAAGAUCAUGACCCACAUCGACCCCAGCCCCACCAAUCAGAGGCUGAACAAGAACGUGAGCAACGACGUGUCGCUGCGCCUCUACAACCUCACGGUUCUGACCCGACACAUCAAGACCUUCUACCAGGAGACGCUGCAGCAGCUGAUAGUGAUGCCUCUUCCCAACAUCCUCCACAUCGCCAAGGACCCCAUCUCAGCCAAGAGCAUGGAGGAGCUGAGGAGCCUGCUGCUGCUGCUGCUGGGCUGCGCCGUGCAGUGUGAGCGAAAGGAGGAGAUGAUUGAGAAGAUCAAGCUGCUGGACAUCCAGACGCAGGCGGCCAUCGUCUCUCACAUCCAGGAGGUCACCCACAACCAGCUGAAUGUCCUGGACGUGUCCUGGAUGGAGGACGGAGCCGAGCUGGUCCCAGAGGAGCUGGAGCCGCUGUCCCGCAACAUGGCGGCGUCGCUACGGCAACUCAUCGAUCAGCGGGACCGAGCCGCCGAGGUGAUCCUGGACCUCACCCAGGAGAGGGACUACCUGUCCGGUCGGCAGCUCCAGGAGGGAAGCGGGACGGCGCCGUCCGGCGGCCCGGUUCUGAACAACGGCAGGUCGGCCGGUACCGAGCUGAGCAAGGAGGAGAAGCAGCAUCUGUCCGUGGAGCUGGCGGACGCCAAGGCCAAGCUGCGCCGCCACAGGCAGGAGCUGGAGGAGAAAACGGAGCAGCUGAUGGAUUCCAAGCACGAGGUGGAGCGUCUGGAUCAGGAGCUGCAGAAACUCCGACAAGAGAACCAGUCCCUGUCCUGCGAGGCCCGCUCGGUCCGAGCGUACCGGGACGAGGUGGACUCUCUGAGGGAGCGGGCGGCCCGGGUCGACCGGCUGGAGGCAGAACUGGGCCGGUGCAAAGAGAAGCUCAACGACGUUCACUUCUACAAGAGCAGAGUGGAGGAGCUGCGUGAGGACAACAUGACGCUGCUGGAGACCAAGGUGCUGCUGGAGGAGCAGCUGGCGGCCUCCAGGGGGCGCUGCGACAAGCUGCACUCGCUGGAGAAGGACAACCUGCUGCUGCGGGCCAAGCUCCACGACCUGGAGAUGGAGCGGGACGGCGAGCGGCGCCGGCUGGAGGAGCUGGUGGAGGAGAACAUGCUGCUGGAGAUCAACCAGAAGCAGAGCAUGAACGAGUCGGCCCACCUGGGCUGGGAGCUGGAGCAGCUCGCCAAGAACCACGCCGGUUCUGCCGCUGACAGUCAGAAGUCUCUGGUCCACGAGCUCAACGAGUGCGUUUCCAGCCGGGUUCUGAAGGUGGAGAAGGAGAACCGGGAGCUGCAGGCCUCCCUGGAGAGACUGGUGGAGGAGAACCACCUCCUGCAGAAGGAGCAGCUCCACGCCCAGGAACUGGACCGGGAGAACCAGAACCUCAGCAGCAAGCUGCAGCGCCUGCAGGGCUUCCUGGACCAGGAGCGACUGACCAAUCAGGACAUGGAGUCUCUGGGGGAGGAGCUUCUGAGGGAGAAGCAGAGUCUGGAGCGAGAGCUUCACUCUCUGCGGGCCGACAGCGACCGACAGAUCUCAGAGCUGGAGAGCGAGAAGCAGCACCUGGCGGAGGAGGUGAGGUCCCUGCAGGAGCGCGCUCAGUCCAACAGCGAGGCCAGAGUGCGGGAGGCGGAGGCCAAGAACCGCCUCCUCCAUCAGAGCGUCACGGACGCCAGCUCCCGGCUGGCCAGCCUGGAGACGCAGCUCAAGGUGGUGAGCGAGGAGGCGGAGAGGCUGCGGGAGCGGGCGGGGCGCUGCGAGGAGGCGGAGAGGGAGGCGAGCCGUCUGGAGAGGAGCAAGGAGUCGCUGAGCAGGGAGGUGGCGUCUCUGCGGGGGUGCAGCGAGCGCUCAGAGGCUCUGGAGAGGCAGGUGACCUCCCUGGAGCAGGAGGUGCUCAGACUGAAGCAGGAGGGAGAGGAGGCCCAGAAGGAGCUGCAGCGGCUGGCCAAGCAGGAGGCGGAGAACGGCCUGCUGUCCAAGGAGAACCUGGAGCUGCGCUGCUCCGUGGAAAACCUGCGCUCCUCAGCCGCCCGCCUGCCCACGCUGCAGGAGGAGCUGCAGGAGGCGCAGAGGGAGAGCCAGGAGGUGCAGAGGAGGCUGGAGGAGGCCAGGGAGGAGGCGCAGGGAGAGAGGAAGAGAGCAGAGAGGCUGGAGCAGAACCUGUCGGCUCUGAACCAGGAGAAGCAUCGCUUAGAGGAGGAACUGGAGAGGAGCCGCGAGGAGAGGCUGGAGGCGGUCGCUAAGAUCCGGGAGACCCAGAGCAGAGAGGAGGACCUGAGCCGGGAGCUGGAGGACCUCAGGGAGGAGCGCAGAAGAAGAGAAGAGGGAGACGCAGAGAGGAGGAAGCUCCAGCUGGACAUGGAGCAGUCCGAGAAGAGCCGCAAGCAGCUGGAGAAGGAGACCUGGAGGGUCCGCACGCUGCUGGAGGCCAAGGAGCUGGAGCUGGAGGAGACGUCCAGCCGGGCGUCAGCGUCCCUGAAGGAGGCCGCGGCUCUGAGGAAGGAGGUGGAGAGGCUGAAGGAGGUGUCUGUGAAAGCCAAGGAGCUGGAGCGGGAGAACAAGGAGCUGCAGAAGCAGACCACCAUCCACAAGAGAACUCUGGCCACCCUGAGGGAGGAGCUGGUGUCUGAGAAGCUGAGCGUCCAGCAGCAAAACGUGGAGGUGGAGCGGCUGAAGGAGGAGCUGGAGAGGAUCGGACUGAACCGGGAGGAGCUGCUGCAGCAGGAGCUCACGCAGGAGGACAGCAGGUUCCGGCUGCUGGAGACCCGGCUGGAGGAGACGGUGCAGCAGACGCUGAAGCUGAAGGAGGAGAAGAUCAGCAGCCUGGAGAAGAAACUGCAGGAGAGCAACGCUCUGAACGUCUGCCUACGCAGCGAGCUGACGCAGCAGCAGGACGGCGGCCGGCGGCAGGGAGCAGACGGCGCCACGGCGGAGCUGCUGCGCAUCAAAGACCACCUCAUCGCCGUGGAAAAGAGCAACGCCUCCCUGCAGACGGAGAGCAGCCUGCUGAAGGAGCAGCUCAAGCAGCUGGAGAGCCAGAACGCUUCCCUCAACAGCCAGAUGGCGGCGCUGCAGCGCCACGCCUCCGCCCUGCAGGAGCAGAACUCCGCCCUGCACACGCAGACCGCCAAGCUGCAGGUGGAGAACUCCACCGUCUCCUCGCAGAGCGCCUCCCUCAUGGCCCAGAAUGCCGUGCUGCAGGGCCAGGUCAGCGCCCUGGAGACCGAGGCGGAGUCGUGGCAGCGUCAGCGCGACGAGGCGUGGCGAGCCCGGGAGAACGUGCUCAGCGACCACGAGCGGCUGCUGAGCGUGCACGAGAGGCAGGCGCACGAGUACGAGCAGCUGAUGGGCCAGCACGCCGCCCUGAAGGGCCAGCAGAGGGCGCUGGAGAGCGAGCACAGGGCGCUGCACGCCAAGUACGGCGCCCUGCUGCAGCUGCAGGAGACGUGGGAGGAGCAACAGGGCCGCGGUCAGAAGGAGACGGAGGAGCUGAAGCAGGAGGUCCAGAAGAACCGGCUGCUACAGCAGGAGAACCUGCAGCUGAAGACUGAAGUGGACCGACUGACCCAGAGCCAAUCGCAGCAGGCCGAGCAGAACCAGGGCCUCCACCGGCGAGUUAACGAGCUGAAGAGCUCGUUAAGCUCAGCUCAGCAGGAAGUGAGUCAGUGGAUGGCCCGCUACGACUCCCUGAUGGAGCAGCACCAGAACCUGGACCUCACCAUGACCAAACUGGACAACCACUGCGAGCUGCUGAGCCGCCUGAAGGGGAACCUGGAGGAGGAGAACCACCACCUGCUGAGCCAGAUCAACCUGCUGAGUCAGCAGAACCACACGCUGCUGGAGCGCAGCAUGGAGAGCAAGGAGCUGUACCACCAGGAGCAGAAGCUCUACAUAGACAAGCUCAACGCGCUGCGCCGGCAGAAGGAGAAGCUGGAGGAGAAGAUCAUGGACCAGUACAAGUUCUACGACCCCACGCCCAAGAAGAGGAGCCAGUGGGCCGGAGCCAAAGCUCUGGUCAAGCUGAUCAAACCCAGGAAGGAGAGCAGCCGGGAGCGCGGGCCCGACCAGAACCGGGAGCAGAACCGGGAGCAGAACCGGGAGCGGGCCAAGAGCGCUCCGGACAUCCCCCUGCCUGCCACGCCGCCGCUGCUGCCCCCAGAGACUCCGCCCCCGCCGCCCCAACGCACGGCCAGCGACCCGCACGGCGCCGCCAGCCCGGGAGCCCAGAGUCCGGCGCUGACCCCCGUCAGCCGAGGUACGGCCCACCAGAACCGCCUGACUUCCACUCCGAACCUUCAGCCCCCCUCAGUGAACCGGACCUGCAGCUCCAGACCGGUUCCGGCUGUGAUCCAAAGACCCAGAGGUCCGUUUGAUGAAGACUCUGUCUUUGGAGGCCGACCCGGUUCUGGAGACUUCAGCCACCACACCUCCAGCUCCAGCUCCCCCGUCACAUGUAGAGAUGCUUCUGAUCGCCAGCUGCGCUCAGCCAGCCUGUCCAGUGAUGACGUCAUGGUUCUCAGCCAAUCACAGCAGAGCCUGUCACGGAGCUCCACCCUCCCUUAUGACCACACCCCCCAGAGGGCCCAACCACAGCGAGGGGGUGGAUGCAGGACUAAGCCACGCCCAGGUUCUCCAGGAAGUGAGAUGGUGACGCUGGAGGAGUUCCUAGAGGAGAGCAACCUGCUGUCUCCUCCGCUGCUGUCUACAGGAAGCACCGAUGAGUUGAUGACUGACUACUUCACCAGAAGCCCCGCCCCCUCAGCCCCCUCUGCCAGAGAUCAGGCCACGCCCACCAGCUACGUCUCGCCCACCGUCCACUCGUCCAAUCAGAGGCCGGGUCAGAGUGUGAAGCCUUCCCCUCGUCAGCCGGUCGGCCAAUCACCAGCCUCCCAGAGAACCGGCCAAUCGCUAAGCAGAGCCUUCAGCCUGGCCUCCGCCGACCUGCUGCGGUCCCAGGGGCCAGACAGUUACCGUGGAAACGAGGCAGACGGCGUGGUCCGUCGCCAAGGAGGCGGGGCCUCCCACCGCGAGCGCCCCAUGUCGGCUCGCUUUGGAGCGGCUGACCUCCUGACUCCCACCGUCCACCACUCCACCUCCCUCAACCUGCAGACGGAGAGGAGCGCAGAGAGGGAGCGGGACAGGGGGCGGAGCUCCGUCUCCAGGAACGGCCCCCGCGGAGAGGUCGCCAUGGUGACGCCCGUCAGGACCGUGCCGCCCGGCGAAGCCUCGGAGGGAGGCGACAUCCUGAGGGAGGAGCGCCCCGGAGACUCCUCCCUCUCCAUCAAGGAGGGCUCCCUGGAGCGUCCCAAGAGCACGCCGGCCUCCCCGGACCCCAACAACGACCCGCAGACGGUGUGGUACGAGUACGGCUGCGUCUAAACGCUGGGCGGGCCCGGCUACGUCCUGGAUCAGAACCGGGGCCUCAGGACGUCCCCGGACCCCUCUGAUAAAGUUCUGCUCCUCUAAGCAGCAGCUGUGGAGGUUUGUACCGAUCCUCAAUCUGAGCGGAACAGAGAAAAUGUACCAGAACACUAAGAACGGGCCCGGUUCUACAGAACCGACCUCGGAGCAGACAGUAGAAAGUGAAUGUAUCCUGCUGAAUUUCACUGCUGGGAACAAACACUGGAAGAAAGCGGAGCCUCCCGCCUAAUUACACCCUUCCUCCCUCCAUCUUUAGCUCCUGUCCCAGCAUGCAACACUCUGACACUUUACUGGAAGCACAGCUCCAGCCGAGCCAACCAAAACCGCCCGGCCCGGCCCGGGGGGGGGGGAGGCGGCGCUGAGGAAACCGCUGUGUUUGGGCUGAGAGCUCAGCUGUGGUUCUGGAACCAGGAGCUUCAGCUCACAUGGACCGUCUGGAGGAGUUAAGGUUCUGCUGGAGAUCCACCAGAGAAACAAGGUCUGGUUCUGUCUUCACCAGCACUGACUGCUGAUCAGAACCGGACCUGGAUCCAGGUUCUGGGCUUUAAUGUUACAUUGAUAUGUACUAAACUAAAACCUCACGUAUAUAGAACCUCAGAACCCAGUUCAGUCAGGAACAGCGUGCAGUGAGUUCUGGUUCCCCUGUCCAGAAAUAUUCAGAACCUUCUGGAUCCAAACGGUUUCUCCAUCCAGUCGUAGGUGUUUCAGUCUCCAGCUGCUAGAGGACUUCCUGGUUUCUGUCCAAUCAGAGUCCAGAGAGCCACUCCCGCUCUCAACCACUCUAGGUUUCAUCUCUGAUAGUUCUGGAGAAACUGGACCUGAAGGUUCUGCUUAACUGGUCCGGUCAGCUACAGGAACCACUGCGGAUGCAUUAAACUGACCCGUGAGCCCAGCAGAAGGUUCUGGUUCCUUCGUUCAGCGCGGCCAACGACUCUGCAGCCUGGUGUUUCCAACAUGGCCGCCUUCUAACCAGACAUGCGGCUCACGCUCCUCGGGGGGGGGGGGGCAGAACACCC